UUCCUUUGUGUGUGGGCACCAGUGACCGGCUGCGAGCGCGCUUGAGGAGGAGUAGAAGCCGCCAUUUUGUGCGUGUUCGCUUCCUCCUCCCCACCCCCUUUCCCCGUUCUCUGCCGGUUAAACAAGGCCCGGUCGCCGCGGCCUCCCGCUCGCUUCGUAGGGCCCGUCUGUCUUUGCUAGGCCGCAGCUGCCCCCUGCCGGCGGCAGCCGAGAGAAGGUGAGAGGCGGUUUGGCGGCCGCGGCUCCGGCAUGGAGAACUCCCAGCUGUGCAAGCUGUUCAUCGGGGGCCUGAACGUGCAGACGACGGAGGCUGGGCUGCGAGAGCACUUCUCGGCCUACGGCACCCUGACUGACUGCGUGGUGGUGCUGAACCCGCAGACCAAGCGCUCUCGAUGCUUCGGCUUCGUCACCUAUUCCGCCGUGGAGGAGGCUGACGCCGCUAUGGCGGCCUCUCCACACGCCGUGGACGGCAACCCAGUGGAGCUGAAGCGAGCCGUCUCCCGCGAGGACUCUGCCCGUCCCGGCGCUCACGCUAAGGUGAAGAAGCUCUUCGUCGGAGGCCUCAAGGGGGACUUGGGCGAGAACGACCUGGUAGAGCACUUCAGCCAGUUCGGCCCUGUGGAGAAGGCCGAGAUCAUCUCCAACAAGCAGAGCGGGAAAAAGCGGGGCUUCGGCUUCGUCUACUUCCAGAACCACGAUGCCGCCGACAAGGCCGCCGUGGUCAAGUUUCACCCCAUUCAGGGUCACCGCGUGGAGGUCAAGAAGGCUGUGCCCAAGGAAGACAUCCAGGCAGCAGGUGGAGGGGCUUCCCGGUCGAGCCGGGGCGGCAGAGGACGGGGACGGGGCGGCGGCAACCGGGACCACAACGGGCUCUCUAAGGGUGGUGGCGGCGGCUAUAACAGUUAUGGAGGAUACGGUGGUGGCGGCGGCGGCGGCGGCGGCUACGGGUCGUACGGAGGAGGCUAUGGCGGAGGCGGUGCCAGCGGCGGUGAUUAUGGCAACGGGUACGGCGGCUUCGGCAGCUACAGCCAGCACCAGUCGUCUUAUGGCCCCAUGAAGAGCGGAGGCGCAGGGGGUGGUGGAGGCGGCAGCUGGGGCUCCCGCAAUAACAGUGGACCAUACAGAGGCGGUUAUGGCGGGGGCGGCUAUGGAGGAUGCCCCUUCUAAGCGGAGAUUGCCCAUGAUCGCUCUGGGGAUGCCAGUGUUGUCUGCAUGGAGUAUGCUCUCCUUUUGUACCGGGCCACAUUCUCAGUAGUCCCCUACUCUUCGCCUGAGGGCACCUCCAUAUCAAAGGCUCCCAUGAUGCGGAGCAGCUCUCGAAUACUCCUGCUGGGGUCGCUCUGCCACCUGUGCCACUUCUUUCUUUCCGAAGAUGGACUGGGCCUCUCACACAACGAUUUUGUGUUAGUCAUUGAUGGACUCUAUUUUUUUAUUGCUUGGACAUUGGUCGUUUUUAUACUAGGAACAAGAUUGUUUUAAUUUUGGUUUAUUUGGGGCUGGGAGGGAAUGUUGUGCUGGUUCUGGAGUAACUUGGGAGGGGAAAGGGGAAUUAACUUUGUAAGGACUUGGAUACCUACACAUUUUUUUUCUACAAAAUCUACUCUGAUCCCAUGGCUGUAAAAGGGGAGGGGGGGAAGAAUCGUUUUUACAUUUUUAUUUUUUAAAUAAAUCAUUGUGUUCAUUGACCUUUAUAUGUCUUUUUUCCUAGGGUUCAUUCCAUACAGUUAAAGCAAAGACUCUUUGAGCCUGCUUAAACUUCUUCAUAUGUUUAGAGUAUAAUGCUUCAGUUCUAGUAAAGGCUUCAAUUAACUUUUUUGCUGCCCUGCUAUUGGAUUGUUACUUCAGAGUUAUAGGCCAAUUUUUGAAAUGCCCAUUGGUGGAUGAACUGUUUAAAUACUUUAUUAUAUGUCCACCAUUUUGUAAUUGGGCCAUUUGCCUUGCUGACACAGUUGGUCUGUUUUUUGUAUAAGGAGUAUUCCAUCAGCAUACGUAGUUCUAACACAUUUAAAGCAUGUGCUUUUUCAUAUAAGUGUUCAAAAUUUCAGAUUGCUCAGUUUCACAUUGUGUUAUUUAUUGGCUUGCCUGUAAACGAUCCAAAGUUCCUUCCUUUCUAUUAAAUACUUUGUUUGCAUAGAAUCUGGUUGAAAUGACUUCGCUAUCUAAACUGUUCUUACUAAAGAAGCCCAGAAUAUUUUACAGUGCCAUCUGCUGGCAGAAUAGUAAAACACUAUGGUAAACUUCCCAGCCACAGAGAGAAAAUGGCUUUCAGAUCUAUAAAGUCUGAUUGGUCUUUAGAUGGCAAAGGUCAAGCAUACAUGUCAAAGAAUUUGUGGAUCUUGGCUCAACUCUGAUAUAAAUUUGAAAUUUCCACCAAAAUGUUUACGUACUUAAACGGCCCAAUCUUCAAAUUUUAUGCUAGGUGAUUGAUAAAUGAGCCAGUAACCUAGGUGCCAGUUGUAAAGCAAAAUCUCUGUAGUCUGCUUGAUGUAUUUGUAGCCCUUUUCACACAGUAGAAUUAAAGUUUGUUGUUCUAUUAACAAUGUUCUAGAGAGAAACUGCCUUCCUGAGUAGAAAUAUAGAAUAGUUAUGGAUAUUGCAAAUAAAGAAUUCAAUUCUU